AUGCUUCCACAGCUACCAAAAUUGAGUGACUAUGAUGUCUCGGCUCGGAAUGGCUUCUUGCCGGAUGAGGUACCGCUCGACGUCUUGCCAGAUCGCUACUACCAACCUUGGGAAACCAUCGUACGCAACUUUCAGAGCUUGAUACUUUCCAAGCGACUCCGCCGGAUAGUGGAUGCGCUGCCUGUUCUCGAGACUGACCUUCUUCUCACCGAGGCCGAAUGGCGGCGAGCAUAUUCUAUUCUCAGCUUCAUUGCGCAUGGAUACAUCUGGGGAGGUGAUAAGCCAGCCGAUAUUGUACCUCCAUCCAUUUCCAUACCAUUUCUCCAAACAUGCAAGCAUCUAGAGCUACCGCCAGUCGCUACCUUUGCAGCCGUCUGCUUGUGGAACUGGCGGCCACUGUUCGAUGGUGAGCCUACAGAUACUCUGGACAAUCUUGCAACGCAGAUGACCUUUACCGGUUCGCUGGACGAAUCAUGGUUCUACCUCGUCUCAGUGGCAAUCGAAGCUAGAGCCGGACCAAUCAUUCCGAUGAUGAUUGAAGCUAUUGCAGCAGCUAGGCGUAACGACAGCGACACUAUAGUACAGUGUCUGAGGUCAUUUUCAGAGAGGCUAGAUGAGAUUGGCUCACUCCUCGAGCGCAUGUACGAAAGUUGCGAUCCUCACGUAUUCUAUCACCGAAUCCGACCGUUCCUCGCAGGAAGCAAGAAUAUGGGAGAUGCUGGGCUUCCAAACGGAGUCAUGUUCGACGAUGGCACUGGCCAACAGCCCUAUGUGCAGUUUAGUGGUGGCAGUAACGCGCAAAGCUCCAUCAUCCAGUUCUUCGAUGUAGUCCUCGGCGUCGAGCACCGACCCACUGGCGAGAAGCGAACAGAGCCAGGGAGCCCAGCCCCAGUCGGACCGUCUCAUGGCUUCAUCCAAGACAUGCGCAACUACAUGCCCGGCCCCCAUCGCAGGUUCCUCGAGCACAUGGAGAGCAUCGCCAAUAUCCGGGAAUACGUUACAUCGAAUCGGAGAAACCGUGCUUUGACAACGGCGUACGAUGCGUGCUUGGCUAUGCUGCGGACUUUACGAGACAAGCACAUUCAGCUCGUCUCCCGAUACAUUAUUAUCAAGUCUCGCGAGUCGCGAUCACAUUCCCGGUCUCUGUCACCCAAACAAGCGACUACUCAGCGUGUCAAUCUUGCCAAUACCAUGGCUCGUACUGGCAGCAAGAAGCUUCGAGGAACCGGCGGUACGGCUCUGAUUCCUUUUCUCAAGCAAGCAAGAGACGAGACUGGUGAACCGGCAAUCGAUGCCUGGGCUAAGCGCUUGCUCAACAACGGACCGGCCGAGUUUGGUACGCCAUCUGGUGCUUUCGAUGGCGUUGUAAGACUGGGCAAGGUGGCAGAGGGAUUUGGCGGAGAGGUCGAGGUCGUGGGUCUUGCUGGUACCUGGAGUGUUGACGAUAGUGAAGGAGGUAUCUGCCAUUGGUGA